UAGGAAGGUGUGUAGACUAGUUCUAGUCCGCCUCGUUGUCAAAGUUGGGGUUGUUGAGUCCAGGUUGAGGCAUUUGGGACUACAUCCCUGCAGAGUAAAUUAUGCUAGCACUUGCAUGUGCAGUCAGAGAGGCACUAUUGUGAGAUUCUAGCAAUAGCAAAGAGGAAACCAUAGUGUGCAACAUUGAGUGUGAUUUCAUCAACCUGGAGAGUUUGUGAUUGGGAAGAGGGCGAAACUUCAAGAGAAAGCUCCAUCAUUAGCCCAACAUUAGAACUCUACUCGAUAUAAGAAAUGGCUUUAGACUUUGCCGCAGGCUGUAUCGGAGGAGCUGCUGGUGUGCUGGUGGGGCAUCCAUUUGACACUGUGAAGGUCAGACUGCAGGUUCAAAGUGUGGACAAGCCCCUGUAUCGAGGAACAAUCCACUGCUUCCAGUCCAUCAUAAGACAGGAGUCUCUCCUGGGCCUCUACAAGGGCAUCGGCUCCCCCAUGAUGGGCCUGGCCUUCAUCAACGCCAUCGUCUUCGGUGUGCAGGGCAACGCCAUGCGGAGGCUGGCCCAGGACACGCCCCUCAACCAGUUCCUGGCGGGCGCGUCGGCGGGUGCCAUCCAGUGCGUCAUCUGCUGCCCGAUGGAGCUGGCCAAGACACGCAUGCAGAUGCAGGGCACCGGCGAGAAGAAGAAGACGGCGCGCAAGCUCUACAAGAACUCGCUGGACUGCCUGGUGCGCAUCUACCGCAAGGAGGGCUUCCGAGGCAUCAACCGAGGCAUGGUGACCACGGUGAUGCGCGAGACGCCGGCCUUCGGCCUCUACUUCCUGGUGUACGACACGCUGACGCGGCGUCUGGGCUGCGAGCCCGAGGACAGCUACAUGAUCCCCAAGCUGCUGUUUGCCGGCGGCAUGUCGGGCAUCGUGUCCUGGCUCUCCACGUAUCCCGUGGACGUCAUCAAGUCGCGGCUGCAGGCGGACGGCGUCGGGGGCGUCCACCGCUAUAGCGGGAUCGCGGACUGCGUGCGGCAGAGCUGGGAGCGCGAGGGCUGGCGGUGCUUCACGCGGGGCCUGGUGUCCACGCUGCUCCGAGCCUUCCCCGUCAACGCCGCCACCUUCGCCACUGUGACUCUCUUCCUCAUGUACAUGCGUGACCAGCAAGGUGCCGAGUGCGAGAUGCCGCCUCCACCACAGGCCAUACAGCAGCAGCAGCAGCAGCAGCAACAGCAGCAGGUACACACCAACAGCCUGUAAAGCUGGACUUACACUGUACGAUUUUUUCCCCAAUCAUGACAUUCAGCUGCUGCUUAUGUUGAGCGAGUAGUGAAUUGCGGAACGGUUUAACAGAGUUUGAAGCCCAUGGUUGCGACGCUACUCUCUCUCUCUCUCUCUCUCUCUCUCUCUCUCUCUCUCUCUCUCUCUCACUCACACACACACACACACACACACACACACACACACACACACACAGAGCCGAUCAGGAUUUCAAGCAGGUUUGGUUUCCCCCAUCAGAUCGAUAGUUGUGAGGUGUUCAUCGCUUGUCGUUACCACAUGUACACUACACACGAUGUGAGGCGCGCGAUUGAACCAAAGUACUGUAGGCCCAAUCUGAAUAGUUGUACCACUGAAAAAUUGUGUCAAGAUUGGCCAAAAAUUGUACAGUGUACGCCCGACUUCAGUGGAUAUGGAGCUCUACAGCGCCCUCUAGAUGAUGUAAUGGUUCUUGCACGACAAUGAACUGAUGGCAGUGCCUGAGUUACCUAGAUGCUUUUCUAUCUGUGUAAGUAUGAACCCGUCCUUUUUGAAUAUCCCCCUUUUCUUCUCUCCUCCAUGUUGUUGUCAGUCACUGCUUUUCUUCUACAAAGGCUCAAUUAGGAUUAUUUGGGUUGCUAACAAAUACUGUAUGUCGUCUAGUCACUUUAAGCAGCAAAUUAGGUUGAACACAAAUUACUUUUGCGGGUUAAUUGCACACCUACAGUGGAUAGAAAAAAAGUAUGUGAACCCUCUUGAAUUACUUGUAAUUUUGCAUGAAUUGGGCAUAAAAUCCAGUUCACAACAGUACAGAAAUACAGUCUGGUGUAACCAACUGCACAAAAUGAUGGACUCUCUCUCUUAAAAAAAAAAAAAGAAUCCCACAUGUAAAUAUUCACAGUGGUCAUUGGAUUUAGUAACUGGUUGACCUACCUUUGAUAUCAAUAACCUCAAACGUUUCCUGUAGUUGCUGCUCAGACCUGCACUAAAGUGAGAUAUUUUGGACUUUUCCUCUUCACGAAAGUGUUUCAGGUCAGAAAUGGUCUUGCUGUGAAUUGCACUCUAGAGAUUCUACCACAGCAUCUAAAUGUACAGUAGGUCAAUGGGAUGGGGUUUUGAUGCUUUUGACACAGGUGCUCUCUAUCGCAAAACUGAAAUGUGCAGAAAUGUUUGUCUUUAUUAGCAGUUGUUUCCUAUGUUACCGUCCUACUAUGAACUCGAUUUUUGUUUCAUGUUUUACUUAUUGUAGAUCUGUCAAAAAUGUUUGCACUAGCCAGGGAUUUUUUUGCAAGUCUUUAGCUAGCACUGAAGCAUUCUUUUUCACCUCAUUGGACAUUCUGCAGUCUGCUUUUGCGCUCACCUUUACAUGGAUGACCACACAUAGAGGAAGUAGCAACAGGGAUGAACUUUCUCCAUUUCACAAUUUGACUUACUGUGUAGGCACAUUAACAUCAAGACAUACAUUCUUUGCAGUUUAAUACGCUUCAAACUCUUGGAUCACAGACCUUCCUGGUACUGUUUUUGUGCAAGGCAUCUUUCACAUCAGGCAAUGCUUCUUGAGAACAGCUGAUUCAAAACUGGUGUGUGUUUUUAAUAUAUGGGUUUACUGUUUGUAAACAAUCCCUAGCUGCACACUGUUCAACCUCUGAUUGCUGGAAACUGCUGUCGGUCAAGCAUCUUGCCCCUCCUCACAACACGGAGGUUUGUAAACGAAAAACCCAUGUCUAGGGCAGGGCAACUUUGACCAACACCUGCAAUCUUCUCAUUACAUUAAUCUGAGCCCUUGUUGGCUGACACCUGGCUGCCAAUUAGCUUUAGAAGUAAUCAUUAGCCAAGGGGUUCACAUACUGUUCACACUUUGCACUGUACAUGUGUUCAGAAAAAAAUGAAAAUGUAUCAUAAUUUCUGUGCAGAAUGUGUUUAUCUAUUGUGACCUUGAUGAAGAUGAGAACACAAUUCAUGCCGAAUUCAUGCAGAAAUUCUAGCCACUGUAGUUGAGUAGAAGUCUAUCAGGGGUUUUUUUAAGGAAUGGGAACCUAAGGUGUGCAGAUUUUUUAUAGGGUUGUUAGGUCAGGAUUUGGACUUUAUGUCAGGUAUAGCAGGUCAGUCUUUUAACUGUAGAUUUAAGUGUCUUUUUCUUUUGUCGCAGCAUACCUUUUGUUUUUCUUUGUGCAUAUGUUUUUAUCCAUCCGUCCUCAAACACACAUGCACGCACACACCACGCACACGCACACGCAUGCACGCACACACACACAAAGCUUUCCUAUGAAAAGUUUUAAAAAUAUUGAUAUUUUUUAAACAUUAGUAAUCCUAAGGAUUCUAAAAAACUUUUUCUGGACUUAAUCCUGAAAGCUCAGGACCUUUAACUGUGUGUCAUUUUUCUUUACCCCCCGUCCUAAAUUUAUCCCCUCCCCGCUGGAGUUCUUGUUCACAUUCCAGAGCUGGGUGUGAUUUUGUGUUAGAGGUCAACAACUGCACUUAGAAAGAUUAUCUGUGGAUUUGACCCCCAGCAGCUUGGUGUCAGUUCCAAUGCCAAGGCUACUGGAAUCAUUGGGGGAGAACUUGAUUUUAAGUUAUUGUGCGUAUUGAUAAUGCUUGUAUGACAAGUGUAAACACUGUGGACGGGCAGCAGAAGCAUACCGGUAGCCUCAUUAUACAAUCUGUGUAGCCUUACGAACUACUGUCCGGGCCAAACUAAAAAUUGUAAAUGUACAUUUGUUUGUGUCAUUUAAAGUUAUGUAACAGUACACACUCAUGUCCAACUGCUACUAUGUUACUGUAAAUGUAUUUUGUACAUGUUUCCCAAAAAAGAAGGUAAUUCUUUUUUAAAAGUCUUAACAUCUUAAACGAAGCACCUUAAUUCAGCACCAUAUAACCCUGAAGUCAAAUGCUGCUUACACGGUCUAGUACACGAUACAAUACUGUACAGUAAAGUACAAUAUUUCCCAAUCAAUCCUCACUAAUUAUGAUAACUUUGAUAAUAUAUGGAAAUGGUGUUAAUGUAAUUGACAUGGAAUAUUUUGGGAUGAAUGGUGGUCGUUUUAUGGUGCUACUAUAUAAUACUAGUGUACUUGGUUUUGUAUGUUACAUCGAGGUUGUGGGCAAAACACAAUUGAUGACUUAAAGGGAAGGUCAAAUCCACCUAUAGCUAGCUAUUUAUCUAUUUAAGCAGCUAGCUAGGGAGCCAUUUUAUUGACAUGUUUUCUUUGUUUUUUUUUUCUUGUUUUUUUGUCUUUCGUUUCCCUUGAGAAAAUGUUCAUGUCUGCCUUGACAUUGGUACAAAUUGUUGAUAAGAUGUACAUUUAAGCUGUGAUGAUGUGCCAAUCUUAAGCGCAAACGACAACUGAAUAAAACAUAUUAAAAGUGUU